AUGGCCACCUAUGUUCCUAAGAAUAAAGUUCACACCGAGUCAGGCACUCAGUCUGGCUUCCACAGACCACUCCAGUUCCUGUUCCCAGCCAUCCCUGAGCUCUCCAAGCUGGGCCUGGGGAAUGACACGGAGGUGCAGCUGCAGACUCUGGAGCUUCCUGUAGAUUACAGGGAGGCUAAGCAGAGGGUCACCGGGAUCUGGGAAGAUCAUCAACCACAACUCACCGUGCACAUGGGCAUGGGCACUUCUGCCAAGGUGAUCAUUCUGGAACAGUCUAGCAAAAACCAAGGCUACUGGGACGCUGACAGGGGCUUCUGGCCCGAGGGCAGCGUGUGCCUACCUGGCGGCCCAGAUGUUCUGGGGUCAGGGGUCUGCAUGAAGGCAGUCUGCAAAUGCAGAGCUGUGGAAGAUGUUGAGGUCAUCUUUCCCCUCAUGCAGGCAGCUACAUUUGUCUGUGAUUAUACCUAUUACCUCUCUCUGCAUCAUGGAAAGGGCUGCGUGGUGCUUAUUAAUGUCCCUCCACUGUCACGCAGGCUCCCAGCCAGUCUGCUGGGAAGAGCCUUGAAAGUCACCAUCCAGGAAAUGCUGGAGGAGGUGGGAAAACCCAGGCACAAAGCCUGGUUCAAAGAAAACUCAACCAUGGUUGUUCAAGCUAAAGGGAACUGACUGGGGGAUUGCUCCUGUUUCAAUCCUGUGUGUACUGUUCAACUGUGCAUUGAGAAACCUUUUUCAAAAAUUGCUUGUCAGACAAAGGGGUAAAAACUCCGAAUCAGCCCAACAAAAUCAUGAAGGGUUCUUUUAUUGUCGGGAGAAAGAACACUCUGGAAGGUGGACAUUUCACAAGGGAUAAACUAGCUUCAGUUAUGGUUUUCAUGACAAUAAAAUGAAAUACGAGGCAGGGUGUGGUGGCUCACGCCUGUAAUCCGAGCACUUUGGGAUGCUGAGGUGGGCAGAUCAGGAGGUCAAGAGAUCAAGACUAUCCUGGCCAGUAUGGUGAAACCCCGUCUCUACUAAAAAAAAAACACAAAAAUUAAUUGAGCUUGGUGGUGCACACCUGUAGUCGCAGCUCCUUGGGAGGCUGAGGCAGGAGAAUCACUUGAACCUGGGAGGUGGAGGUUGCGGUGAGCCCAGAUCGUGCCACUGCACUGCAGCCUGGAGACUAGAGUGAGACUCGACCUCAACAAAAAAACAAAAACAAAAGAAAUCUGAGUCAUCUCUUUUCUUCCAAAAAUCUACACAGUAGGUCUGUAUGAUCCUGCCCAGACUCUGCGGCCACAGACACAGCCACUGCU